GGGAUUCUAUGGAAACAAAUAUGCCAUCUAAAUCCAGCUCAUAUGCUGUUCUUGAAGGGCAGUACACACUCCAUGAAACCAUAGGAACAGGGGGAUUUGCCAAAGUCAAACUUGGGACACAUGUGUUAACAGGAGAUAAAGUUGCCAUAAAGAUAAUGGACAAAAGACUACUGGGAGAAGACCUUCCAAGAGUUAAGUUAGAGAUUGAAGCACUGAAAGAGCUUAGCCAUCAACACAUAUGCAAGUUGUAUCAAAAAAUAGAGAUAGAAAAUAAGAUAUUUUUGAUUUUAGAGUAUUGUCCUGGAGGAGAACUGUUUGAUUACAUUGUGGAAAGAGAUAGGCUAGAAGAAAAAGAAGCAAGGGUGUUUUUUCGCCAAAUAGUGUCUGCGGUAGCUUAUAUUCAUAACAAGGGUUAUGCACAUCGAGACUUAAAACCAGAAAAUCUUCUCCUAGAUGAUGAACAGAACUUGAAACUAAUAGAUUUUGGUCUUUGUGCUAGACCAAAGGGAGGUAUGGAGACCCACCUGGAAACAUGUUGUGGUAGUCCUGCAUAUGCUGCACCAGAACUGAUUAGUGGACAAGAAUAUUUAGGAAAUGAAGCUGACAUCUGGAGCCUGGGAGUUCUACUGUUUGCCUUGCUAUGUGGAUAUUUGCCAUUUGAUGAUGACAAUGUUAGCACUUUAUAUAAAAAGAUUCAAAAUGGUGAAUAUGAGUGUCCAUUUUGGUUGUCCCAGAAAAGCAAGCAGCUUCUUCACCGUUUAUUGCAAGUGAACCCUAAACAUCGUAUAACUGUAACAGAACUUCUGACAGACCCAUGGUUGAUGGAAGGGUUUACAGAACCAGUCCUUUGGAAGAACCCCUUCAAGACAAGUAAAUUGGAUGAAGAAUGUCUGAUUGAACUAUCAAUGUAUUAUGGGAAACCAAGAACUGUUAUAGUAGAAGAAAUAAUGCAGAGAAACUUCACAUACAUUUCAGCAACUUACAGUCUUUUACUCCAGAGAAAAGCAAAAGGCCAGAGAAUUAGAUUAGAAUCAGACACCACACCUCUUCGAGAAAUCAAACCAAUCAAUAGAAGCCUUUACUCUGAGUUUGGAACUCAGAAAUUAUCAAUGUCACCAUCAUUUCACUCAUCAAUGGACAGUGGUCUAAAUGAUGCAGACCUUUUGCUUCUUGGAAGUCCUAAAAAAGAUGAUGAGUCUGACAGUUUGGCUAUAAAGCAGCCUCUACCACCCACUAAAACACGGCAGGAAGCUCAACAGCACAAGGACUCGGAUAAGGAAAACUUUGUUCGGCCUCGAGUUCCAACACCCAGAAAACUAAACAAGAACCGAAGCCCACCAGCAAAGACAAUAAAAUGUGAAG